AUGCUCGAUAGUACCUCUGGACCAAACCAUAAUGACUCUGAAUCGCUCAACGCAACGAGGGUUGCUACCAAUGUCACCGUAGGCCCCAGUCUUUACCCUCCUCGCGAUCUGGAGGACCUUCAGAAGGUCCUCCGGAACGUAAUGAAGAAGAAGGAGAAGCUUGAGAUCAAGUCCCGAGAGCUCGGCGUUGUCUUUGAGAAACUCAGAGUAGUCGGCCUCGGUGCGAUAGCCUCGCACCAACCGACGAUUGCUUCAAUGCUCAAUCCGCUCAACCUGCUCCGCCAAAUCAACUAUCUCCGUCACCCGCCCCUCCGAGAUAUCCUGACCGACUUCGAAGGUGUUGUUAAGCCGGGAGAGAUGCUCUUGGUCCUCGGCCGCCCCGGUGCUGGAUGCAGCACUCUCCUUCGUGCGCUUGCCAACAAAUGGGACGAUUACCAUGCCAUCCUCGGCGAAGUCCAUUACGACUCGCUCACGCCGCAGCAGAUCCAUGCCUCCUAUCGCGGCGACGUCCAGUACUGCCCCGAGGACGAUGUCCACUUUCCCACCCUCACCGUCCAGGAGACGCUCGACUUUGCGGCCAAGACGCGUGUGCCGCAACAGCGAAUCAUCCCGCAUAGAAAAGACCAUGUCGCCCUCAUGACGGAGGUGCUCGCUUCGGUGCUGGGGCUGACGCCUGUGCUGGAUACAAAGGUGGGCGAUGCGUCGAUCCGGGGAAUCAGUGGCGGAGAGAAGAAGCGGGUGUCAAUUGCUGAGGUGCUCGCGACGCGUGGGCUGCUCACGUCUUGGGACAAUUCUACCCGGGGCCUUGAUGCAUCCACCGCCCUCGAGUUCAUCCAGAGCCUCCGCACAGUGACGGACAUCUGGAGGCUCACCACGAUCGUCUCCAUCUACCAGGCCGGGGAGUCGCUCUACCGAAACUUCGACAAGGUAUGCGUCAUUUACGAUGGACGCAUGGUGUACUUCGGGCCUGCCAACUGUGCGAGGCAGUAUUUCAUCGAGAUGGGGUACGAGCCGGCGAAUAGGCAGACGACGGCCGAUUUUCUCGUCGCAGUCACCAACCCACACGGCCGCACCGUCCGCCAGGGCUACGAGUCCCACGUGCCGCGUACCGCCGCCGAGCUCGCCGCUUACUUCACCUCAAGCGACACCGCACGGGCGAAUCGCGAGGAUAUUGCCGCGUAUAAGGACAUGUUCGUCGGGAAAGAGGAGCGCGCGCUGCAGUUCAAGGAGAGCACGCGCGCGCAGCACUCGAAGCUUUCUCCCCCGAAAAGCUCGUACAUCAUCUCGACGCCGAUGCAGGCGCAGGCGCUCAUGAUUCGGAGGAUGCAGAUCAUCAAGGGUGGGAUCGCGACGCAGGUGAUUCAGCUGUCGGUCUUCAUCAUACAGGCCGUUGUCGUUGGCACGAUGUUUCUGCGCAUGAAGCCCGAGACGAAUACCUUCUUCUCUCGCGGCGGUGUUAUCUUCUUCGCCCUCCUCUUCACUGCACUCUCCACCAUGUCCGAGAUCCCCUCCCUCUUCGUCCAGCGGCCCAUCGUCCUCCGACAAUCUCGCGCAGCGAUGUACCACCCGUUCGUCGAGGCGCUCGCGCUCACGCUCGUAGAUGUCCCCGUCACAGCGGUGAUAGUGACCAUCUUCUCCAUCAUAUUCUACUUCCUCGUCGGCCUACAGCAGACUGCAGGCCAUUUCUUUACCUUCCUGUUGUUCCUGUUGCUCAUGACGCUCACGAUGAAGGCGUGGUUCCGGUUGUUGGCAGCUGGCUUCAAGAUUGCGGCUCCUGCGCAGUCACUCGCGGCCCUCUCGAUUUUGAUUCUCUGCCUGUACCUCGGAUACACGCUGCCCAAGCCGAACAUGAUUGGCGCGCUGCGGUGGAUCACAUACAUCGACCCUUUGAUCUAUUCCUUCGAAGCGUUGAUGGUAAAUGAGUUCCACACUCUCGUGGCCGAGUGCUCGACCAUCGUUCCGUCCGGCUCGACGUAUGAUGAGUACCCAAUGACCUAUCGGGCGUGUACGACGAUCGGCUCUGUCGCUGGUGAGUCCCAGGUCUCGGGCUAUCGAUACGUGUUGGAGUCGUUCGGCUACCAGUUUAGUCAUCUUUGGCGGAAUCUCGGCAUUGUAUUUGCCUUCCUCAUCGGCUUCAUUUGCUUUCUCCUACUGCUCACCGAGAUCAACACCGCGGCGUCCAUCGCGAACAGCGUCAUCCUUUUCAAGCGCGGGUCCAAAACCGUCCUCAAGGAGAAUGGAUCUGAGAGCGACGAGGAAAAAGCCGCUUCUUCCGCGAGCAACGAGCCGCUCGUUUCAUCUGCGCAGCCGGAGAAGAAGGUCGUUCCGGAGGGGGGCUUGCAUACGUUCUCAUUUAGCGAUGUGACGUACAAAGUCCCUGUGAAGGGUGGAUGGAGGACGCUGCUGGAUAAUGUGUCUGGGUACGUCGCUCCGGGGAAGCUGACGGCGUUGAUAGGCGAGUCUGGUGCGGGAAAGACUACGCUGCUCAACGCGUUGUCGGAACGUACGACUAGUGGCAUCGUCACGGGAGAACGAGCCAUGGACGGCCAGCCUCUCCCGUCAGACUUCCGUAAUCAGACUGGUUACGUGCAGCAGAUGGAUACGCAUCUUCCUUCUGCUACCGUCCGCGAGGCAUUGUUGUUCUCUGCGAAGCUACGGCAGCCCAGCUCGGUAGCGUUGAAGGAGAAGGAGAAAUACGUCGAAAAAUGUCUCCACAUGUGCGGUCUGGCAGAGUUCGCAGAUGCGAUUGUGGGCACACUAGACGUGGAGCAACGCAAGCGGACGACUAUCGCAGUUGAACUCGUUGCCAAGCCGUCGUUAAUUUUCUUGGACGAGCCUACCACUGGGCUUGACGCUCAGAGUGCAUGGGCGAUCAUCUGCUUCUUGCGAAGCCUUGCCGACUCUGGCCAGUCGAUUGUCUGCACAAUACAUCAGCCGUCUGCGGAGCUCUUUCAGUCAUUCGACAGGCUGCUGCUGUUGCGUAAAGGAGGUCAAACAGUCUACUUCGGCGACAUAGGGGAGAAAUCAAGCACGUUGAUUGGUUACUUCCAGUCGAACGGUGCCCGGAUUUGUGAUGAUUCGGAGAACCCUGCCGAGUAUAUCCUAGAAGUCAUCGGCGCAGGCGCAACAGCAACCGUUGAGGAAGAUUGGCACGACAUCUGGCUGAAGUCACCAGAAGCGAAAGAGCGGCUCCGCGAGCUAGAGGCGGUGCACGCCAGCGGACGUCAACAGCAAGCGGUUCAGCCAAAGCUGAAAUAUACGUUUCCGACAUUAUGGCCAUACCAGCUCACCAUGCUGCUCGAGCGUGCCGCGGUGUAUCGCUGGAGAAAUCCUAUUUAUAUGAUGUCGAAACUUGGCGUCAACAUCGCUGCGGGCUUGCUGAUUGGCUUCACCUUCUUCAAGGCGAAGAACGGAAUCCAAGAUACUCAGGACAAGCUCUUCGCAAUCUUCAUGUCGACGGUCGUAAGCAUAGCACUAUCACAGCAACUGCAAUCACCGUUUCUCGCGGCCCGAAGGGUCUAUGAAAUCCGCGAGAGGCACAGUCAGAUGUACCACUGGAGUGCAAUGAUCGCAUCUGAACUUUUAAUCGAGAUUCCAUGGAAUAUUUUGGGAUCAUCGCUCUUCUUCCUUUGCUGGUUCUGGACUGUCGGCUUUCUCACUAGCCGCGCUGGCUUCACCUACCUCCUAUAUGCAGUCUUGUACCCAUUAUAUUACACCUCCUUCGGCCAGGCGGUUGCCGCGAUGUCACCAAACGCAGAGAUAGCAGCGUUGCUCUUCAGCUUCUUAUUCGCCUAUGUGCUUUUAUUUAACGGCGUCCUGCAGCCAUUCCGCGAACUUGGAUGGUGGAAAUGGAUGUACCGAGUAUCUCCGUAUACAUAUCUCGUCGAAGCGCUUACUGGACAAGCUGUCGGCCAUACGAGCAUCGUUUGCAGAGACGUCGAGCUGACCACCGUCCAGCCACCGUCCAAUUACACAUGCGAACAGUACCUCGGUCCCUUCGUAUCGGUGGUCGGUGGUUACUUGACAAACCCAAAUGCCACUAGCAGUUGUGAGUAUUGUGCCUAUAGCACAACCGACACAUUUCUGGGAGAUAAUUUCAACAUAUACUAUUCCCGUCAUUGGAGAGAUCUCGGCCUUUUCUGCGUAUACAUCGGGUUCAAUAUCGGUUGCAUCUUCAUCUUCAUGUGGCUUUUCCGUAUACACGGUGGAAGUCUCUUCCACUGGAUCAAGACAAAAAUUGCGCGUCGCACAUAG